UGGGUGGAGUCUCCCUCACACGCUUUAAAAGCAUUGAGAACCCUUUGCUCCUUUAUUCCUGACUGUGCAGCCCUGCAAGGCAGUGUUUGUAAGGAGGAAGAAACUCAGUCAACAUGGCUAUGGUGUCAGAAUUUCUGAAGCAGGCGUGGUUCAUGGAAAAUCAGGAGCAGGAAUGUAUUAAAAGUUCAAAAGGUAUCCAUGGAGUACAAACAUACCCUAAUUUUGAUCCAUCAGCAGAUGUUGUUGCUCUGGACAGAGCUAUUACUGUAAAAGGUGUGGAUGAAGCUACCAUCAUUGACAUCUUGACUAAAAGAACAAACGCUCAGCGUCAGCAGAUCAAAGCUGCCUAUCAGCAGACUAAAGGAAAGAGCCUGGAAGAAGCUUUGAAAAAAGUCCUGAAAAGCCACUUAGAAGAUGUUGUUGUGGCUUUGCUCAAAACUCCAGCUCAGUUUGAUGCUGAAGAAUUAAGAGCCUCUAUGAAGGGGCUUGGAACUGAUGAAAAUACCUUAAUCGAGAUUCUGGCCUCAAGAAACAACAAAGAGAUCAAAGAAGCCAACAGAUACUACAAAGAAGUGCUGAAGAGAGAUCUCACACAAGACAUAAUCUCUGACACAUCUGGUGACUUUCAGAAGGCUUUGGUUGCUCUAGCCAAGGCUGACCGAUGUGAAGAUUCUCAUGUGAAUCAUGAGCUUGCUGACAAUGAUGCCAGGGCCUUGUACGAAGCAGGAGAGAAAAGAAAAGGAACAGAUAUCAAUGUGUUUAUUACUAUUCUUACUACAAGAAGCUACCCACACCUUCGAAGUGUCUUUCAGAAGUACAGCAAAUACAGCAAGCAUGACAUGAACAAAGUACUGGAUUUGGAGCUCAAAGGUGACAUUGAGAAUUGCCUCACUGCCAUUGUGAAGUGUGCCACAAGCAAGCCAGCUUUCUUUGCUGAAAAACUCCAUUUGGCAAUGAAGGGUGCUGGGACACGGCACAAAGACCUCAUCAGAAUCAUGGUUUCACGCCAUGAAGUGGAUAUGAAUGAGAUCAAAGGCUACUACAAGAGGUUGUAUGGCAUCUCUCUCCGCCAAGCCAUUAUGGAUGAACUCAAAGGGGAUUAUGAAAACAUCCUGGUGGCUUUAUGUGGAAGUGACAACUAAGCUUUAUGUUCCUGAAACACACUCAAGCCCAGUUGCUGAAGGUCUAUAUAUUUACCUGUCUAUAUAAUAGACAGGCUCUAUACAGAGAGGUUUCUGCGGAAUGGUACUUGAUCCAUAUGUAUUAUGUUGCAAACCUGUGACCCAGAAGGUAUUUUUUUUCAGUAUCUUUAUUCUAAAUGGCAUUAAUAUCUCUUGCUAUCAUUUAUCCAAAGUCAAAGAAUGCCCAGAAGUUUCUAUUUGCUGGAUUAAUCAUUAAAACGGUAACAUUUUCAUUUAUUCUAAGCAAAUAAACUUUAAAAAAUAAAAUUAACCCAUGUGGUACUUUGUAUGUCCUUUGUUGCUAUUCUGCACCUAAUUUCAAGUUGUCUGAGUACUAUAUGUGAGAGAAAAUGAGUAAAUAACUUAAUAAAAAAAUAAUGGGGCAAUAUUGGACUUUAUAGCUGAGUUUCCACCUUUCUAUUUCACUUCAGCUAGGGGUUUUGUAAGCCAGAUACAUGAAAACCACCUAAAGAUAACCUGUUUAAAAAAAUUAG